AUGUUUCAGCCCAUAUCCACAGAACAUGUGGCGCAACUCAGACAGCAUCCAAAGAUGGGUGUAUGGAAUGUUACCGUCAUUGGUCACCUCUCUCGGCAACGAUUAUUGGACAACGAAACAAUCAAAUUCAAACGUACAAGGGUUCUUUUACAGGUACUUGAUUCCGACGAACCAUGGAUUGUCGAUUUUUAUGCACCUUGGUGCGGACACUGCGUUCAGUUCUCUCCG